AUGGCGAUGAAUCUUGAUGAAUCUGUAUCUAGUCCUUUUUACUUACAUCCCAGUGAAAAUCCUUCGGCAAUGCAUGUUACUAUGCAGCUGAAUCCCACGAAUUACCAUACAUGGAACAGAGCUAUGAGAAUGGCUUUACUUUUGAAGAAUAAACUGAAAUUUGUUGAUGGAUCGAUUCCAGUGCCAGAUCAAAAUGAUAGAUGUUAUUCUAUGUGGGUGAGAUGCAAUAAUAUGGUCAUUUCUUGGAUCUAUAGAGCUUUGACUCCUUCGAUAGCGCAAAGUGUAAGUUUUCUGAACUAUGCUUUAGAAAUUUGGGAGAAUUUGAAAGAGAGGUUCUCUCAAGGUGAUGCAGAUAGAAUUUCUGAUCUACAAGCUGAGAUAUGCAUGAUAAAACAAAAUACAAUGUCAGUUUCUGAAUAUUAUACAAAUUUGAAGAUUCUUUGGGAUGAAUUUAAAAAUUUUAGACCUAUACCAAUCUGUUCAUGCAUUCCUAAAUGCAGUUGUGGUGGAUAUGAGUUGAUUAAGAGAUAUCCGGAUAAUGAUUAUGUGAUUCGUUUCAUAAAAGGAUUAAAUGAAAAUUUUGAGACAGUGAGAUCUCAUAUUCUUCUUCUUGAACCAUUACCUCCAAUUAAUAAAGCUUUUGCCAUGGCUUUGAGACAUGAAAGACAGAUUGGACUAUCAAAGAUUGAUAAUGUUGAUUCAGCUGAUGCUCAUGCUUUUGCUGCUGAGAGUGUGAAAUAUGAUCACAAUGCUUGCUAUAGUAAAGUGAAUUCUGGUUUUCAGAAGAAGUUUUUCAAUACACAAGGAAAAGUGAUGCUUUGCUCUCAUUGUGGGAAGACUAAUCAUACUAUUGAUAGGUGUUAUAGAAAACAUGGAUACCCUCCAGGUUUCUUCUCGAGAUUCAGAUCAAACACUCCUGGUUAUGCAAACCAGGUUGAUUCUGGCUAUGAAGAUACUGAACCUAUUGUUGAUACUAAUACUGCUGGUCCUAGUAAAUGGAAUUCAAACAAUAAUCAUGUUGUUGCUGCUCCUGUUUCAACUCCAGCAUUUCCUUUUACUCCAGAACAGUGUUCUCAGUUGUUAGCCAUGCUACAACAAACUACUGAUCCAUCAUCAUCUUCACAACAUGCUGCAUCUUAUCAUAAUGCACAUGUUAAUACAGCUUCUGCAAAGUUUUCAACUCCAAAGCCAUUUUCUGCUAAGUCACAAAAUCCAACUCAGCCAACUUACUCAGGUAUAAUUCAUACUUGUCUAUUGUCUACUAAGUUCUCUAAAAAUGGUUGGUUAGUAGACACAGGUGCCACAGACCACAUUGUUUGCUCUCUUGAUUGUUUCAUUGAUUAUAAACCAAUUACUGGUGUCUUUAUCAAUCUUCCAAACAACAAUCAUGUUCUUGUCACUCAUAUAGGAACAGUGACAGUUUUCUCUACAUUAACCCUCACAAAUGCCCUCUAUGUCCCUCAAUUUUAUUACUUAAACCAUUAA